UCGUCUGUCUUGCGUCCUCGAGUCUACCCGACCGAGACGAACUUGCGAUCAGAACUCUCUCCUUCCCUCCUCUUACAAGACCAAUAUGGAGUCGGGAAAGUAUGUGGAGGGCAGCGUCUAUUUCUACGCCCCAAACAAGGGCGCCCCGGUGUUUUUUGCUCUCGCCUUCGCGGUGUCCGGAGCACACCACGUCUACAGCUGUGCCCGCUACAGUUGCUGGCGUAUGACUGGGAUCUACGUCUUCUGCGCCCUCCUUUUUACCGUUGGCUUCGUUGUGCGAGAAGCGGGCGCCUUUGACUACGGAGACCUGAACAAGUUCAUCGUCAGCACCUGCUUGAUCUACGCGGCACCGUAUGUGUCCAUAUCCCAUCCCACCUACACCGGGUGUGAAAGGCGGUCGAACCCGCUGACUCCUUCCCCGUCAUGUAGGCCUCUCCUCGAGCUAGCCAACUACCACAUCCUCGGCCGCAUCCUUUACUACGCGCCCUAUCACUCACCAAUCCACCCGGGCCGGGUCCUCACCACCUUCGCCUUCGUCUCCUUCGUCAUCGAAGUCCUCAACGGCAACGGGGUCGCGUACAGCGUGAACCAGUCCCUGGCCGCCUCCAAGCAGGAGACGGGCCGCGCCCUGCUCAAGGCCGCGCUGGCCAUGCAGCUGGGCGUGCUCGCCCUCUUCGUCCUGCUCGCUGCCACCUUCCACCGCCGCUGCGCGCGCGCGGGGCUGCGGAACCGGAACCUGCUCGCCGCCCUGCACACGCUGUACGCGUCCACGGCGCUGCUGAGCGUCCGCACCAUCUUCCGCGUCGUCGAGUACUGGAGCAUCUCCCAGCACGACUUCUGGAACCCCAGCCGCGCCGACCUCGACCGCUUCAGCCCCAUGCUCCGCUACGAGUGGUUCUUCUGGGUGUUCGAGGCGUCGCUCAUGCUGGCCAACUCGGUGCUCAUCAACGUCCGGCACCCGAGGCGCUUCCUGCCCAAGAGCACAAAGACGUACCUCGCCAUGGACGGGACCACCGAGGUGCAGGGGCCGGGCUACAAGGACGGACGUCCGUUUUGGCAGACGCUGGUCGACCCGUUUGACCUGUGGGGGUUGGUUACCAAGAAGGAUAAGGGACAGAAAUUUUGGGAGGAAGCAAACGGGGGCCGGAAGGGGGCGACGGGCGCCGAUUCUCAGGUGUGACUCUGCGUCUAAGCUAAGUGUGGUUUCUCUAGG